CUAGUGGUCCCUCCUGAGCAAGAAGUAUAUCCUCGUGUCGAGCUGGAGGUUCUCGAGGUGAAUGCGGUCGCCGGAGAGACUCAUGAGUAAGCCGCCGAAGGAUGCGUAGAGGUUGACCUUCUCGUCGCCCUUCUCCUGGUACUUGAAGAUCUUGCCAUACAUGAUGUAGUCCCACAUGUCCAUAACGUCGCCGCCCUUGUCCCAGAAGUACUGCCCGCCCUCCACGUCCGGUGGGGCGAGUUUGUCGUUGAGUGCGAUCUUGACGACCUCGUUCUCGUUGAUGGGGAAGAUGUCCGUGUUGAUGUCGAUGGUCAUCUCGAGCUCCAGUGACAUGCCUUCGCACUUGACGCGAGACACCUUCUCGAACUUGGAGUUGUCCACGCUCUUCACCUUGAACGCGUCAUCAAGCAGAUGGGGAGAUAAAGCCAUUUCAAAGAGCUAGUGAACCGCG